GAGACAGGAGGGCCCUUAUAAAAACACCCAUUCCAGGUUUGGCUAACCCUUUUCGGGGUCCCCGUGCAGUUCUUUACGAAUAAAUGUGGCUGUGUGUUUGAACCAUGUGCUGGACUCAGCCAGACGCCCCUUCUCCCAUCACCCUCACUAGACUAUGUCUUACUCCUGCUGGUACCCUCUGUGCCUGUUGCAGCGUCUGGCAGUAACAAGUGACCGAAAUGAGUAAAGAGCAGCCUGGAUACUGGAAGGGAACAGAACAGCCUGUCUACUAACUCUGUUUUGCAUUCCAGGUGAAUGAUCCAGAUGCAGAACUGUGGAUGGUUGUGUAUACGAUUCCUGCAGUGCUCACCCUGCUUGUUGGACUUAACCCUCUUGUCACAGGUAACUUCAUUUGGAAGAGUGUCUCUGCAAUACACAUAUUCUUUUGUAUCGUGUGGACUGUCGGCUUGGCAUACAACCUCUCACUUCAUACAAAACAGAGCAUCUUACACGAGGAAGAAGGCAGGAACCCAGUUGGUGGAAGGAUUCAGUUGGCUAUUGCUGUGGCAGUUGCUCUCUUCCCACUGAUCUCGUGGGUCUACAUAUACUUAAACAAGGAGAUGCGGUCCUCCUGGCCAACUCACUGCAAGACAGUAAUUUAAACACAGUGAAGAAUCCUGUUCUUAAAAUGAGUUUUCAAUUUUUUAUAAACAUGGUUGUAACAAGCCA